CUCGGCGGCCUCGGGAGCGGAACCAGUCCGCGGGACUCAGCGCACCAGUGACGCAGGUGCCGGCGGCCCGAUCGGUGGUAGGCGCAGGCUUUGUGACCAGACACAAUGAGAGGUACAGGAGGAUUUGGCCUGCUCAGCAUCCUGCUCAUCCUGGCGGUCCUUGCACACUCAGGUUUUAGCCUCCGCUGCUACAACUGUCCAAGCCCAGUUUCAGACUGCAAUAUAAACAUGACCUGUCCAUCUAACCUUGACGCAUGUCUCUUUGCACAAUCUGGGCCCCGCAUCUAUCGCAACUGUUGGGCAUUGAGGGAUUGUACUUUUGACUUCAUUUCCAGACGAAUAGGAGAGUCUGAGAUCCAGUACAGCUGCUGCCAGGAAGACCUUUGUAACCUCAUACUCAAAUCUGCUGGAGUAGCAGCCACCGUAUCAGGGAAGCUGUUGUUGCUGGCAAUCCCAUUUCUGGCAGCAAUGUGGAACCUUUGUCUCUAAUGAAACAGCAGAGUGGGAAUUUCCUGAGCUCCUCCACUUUCCUAUCUUCCCAUUUUCUUACUGCUGCUGCUGCACACCAAAGCCUUUAUUAUUUUUCCACUGGAUGUUGUUGAGAAAGAAUAGAACUAUCUUGAACACCUUUGAUAAGAGAAAAGGAUCUGAGAGACUUGAAAGACCCUGUCCUGCAUUUAGGAUAGGAGUGAAGAUAGAGGAGUAACCUGAGGAGGUUAUUUCUCUUCAUCCUCUACUUGUUCCCUGAUUCCUGAACGUAGUUAAAUAGUAUAAUCAGUAUUAGGGAGAAUGGGGAGACAAUGGAUAUUCUUUCCAACAUCCUCUGUCACAUAAAAUUCUUUCAUCAGCCAUGUGCCAGCAGCUUAUGCCUGUAAUCCUAGCUACUCAGGAAGCUGAAAUUCUGAAGAUUGCAGUUCAGAGCCAGCCUGGGCAGGAA